AUGACCUCUAUUUCAAAGCCACCCGAUUAUUAUGAGAUUCUCCAGGUUUCACCAAACGCAGAUAUAAAAAGCAUCAAGUCAAGUUGGAAGCGUUUAGCCCUGGCUAGACACCCUGAUAAAAAUACAGCAAAGAACGCGGUAGCCGAAUUCCAGCUCCUUCAUGAAGCAUACUCGAUACUUAUUGAUCCGAGUACUCGCCAAACCUACGAUGCCAAAUAUCAAGCCUCUACGUCCACAAGUGCCCAAUAUUCAACAAGUCAAACUAGCAGGAAGACACCGGAUAAAGAUGGAGAACAGAAGUCAAUACAGGAAUUACAAUCAAUGCUACACCGGUGCGAAAAGGACAUCAGGGACCACGAGCUCCGCCUAAAGGAGGCACAUGCGAGCUUGAUGAAACUCCGCGCAGAAAUAACCAGUUUAGAAAAUGAUGCUCGGUCAAUGGAGCAAGAUAAAGCAUCCGGGCAGACCAUUUGGGGCUACUUGACGUCGUUUCUCCCAGGAGGAGAAUCCAGACUUGAACAAGAGAGAGAAGAGCGUGAUCGUAUUUAUCGGGGGAAACUCGCGACUCGGCGAAUCAAAGAGACCGAGAAAAGUCGGCGACUGGAGAAGAUUCAAGCCUACGAAGUAUUUGCUAGGGCAUACCGUCAACAAGCCAUUUCAAUCGAGAAGAAGAUUACAGAGAAGAGAGAGAAAGACCGGAGGGACUAUGAAGAGCUGAACCCCCUAAUACGACAAUUUGCAAUCAUAGAGCCUGGUGGGGUCGUGUCGAGGGUCGUUUCAGAUGUAGCUGCUGCAUGA